UGUGUGUGUGUGUGUGUGUGUGUGUGUGUGUGUGUGUGUGUGUGUGUGUGUGUGUGGUUGGUGCGGCAGAGCUGUCAUGUCGCUGCAGUUUACAGAUGCGGAGUUUCAGAGCGCGUGGAGGGAGCUGGAUGAGCCGCAGCUGGAGGGAGGAUGGGAGCUUUUCACGGAGACCAUGGGAGUGAAAAUCUACCGGCUUUAUGACAAGGAAACUGGACUUUAUGAGUACAAAGUCUUUGGUGUGCUUAACACCUGCUCCCCAGAGCUGUGCGCAGAUGUCUACAUGGACCUGAUGUAUCGGAAGAAAUGGGAUGGAUAUGUGAAAGAGCUCUAUGAGAAAGACUUCAGUGGACAGAAUGCGAUCUACUGGGAAGUGAUUUACCCAUUCCCUCUGUCAAACAGAGAUUAUGUGUACAUCAGGGAGCGCAGAGAUCUGGAGGUGGACAGCAGGAAGAUCUCGGUGAUCCUGGCCAGAAGUUCUCCAGAGACAGCGUGCGAAGAGAAGAGAGGAGUCCUGCGAGUCAAAGACUACAAGCAGAGCGUCGCCAUGGAGAGCGAUGGAGCCGGUGGAACUAAAGUUUUCCUAAACUACUUCGACAACCCCGGGGGCAUGAUCCCUACCUGGCUGGUGAACUGGGCAGCUAAGACUGGAGUUCCAGGUUUCUUAACAAACAUGCAAAAGGCCUGCAGCAACUACAGCCAGUACUGCCAGGGGAAAUGAGCAGAGCUAACAGGACGCUGGAACAUGCACAAGGGCUUGAUUUAGUUUUCCUUGUCUUACGUUUGGCAGGUAUUUUAAUGUUGAAUGAUUAAAUGUGACCUUUCUUUAUGGGGUAAAUGUGACACUGUGUGGGCUGCGACUCGUCCUUGUAGCAUGCUGUGGCCUCUUGACUCAGGCAUGAUUUGCAUGACCGGCCACCCUCACUAACAGGCUGGAGGGAAGAAAUCAAUUGUGUGUAUUGUCUUUUAUGUGCAAUCACUAGAAUCUCAAUAAUAAGGAGCUUUUCUUAAAAAAAAACUAUGCAAGCCCUGAAGGGCAAGUGAGAAAAUUUAAAACACAAGCCUAUUCAGGCUUCCGUUUCAAGGCAUAAUAUUUAGGUCCCUGUGAUGUUUUGCCUACAAUCUGAAUGUUGCAAAGGCAUAACGGGGGGGGGGACCAAGUGACCUCACUCUGUACUGUCUUCAGAGGUAGUAACACAGGCACGACAGAGGUAAGAUGGAAUCAGCUUAGCCAGCGAGGGAGCGCAGAGUAGUGCCAUCGUGGAAUCAAUUUGUAACUACAAAGAUGUAAUGACUGCGGAGCUUAGUUACAAUGAUUUAAUUCCUCUGUUUGUGACUUAAGAAAAGGUAAAAAGAAAUGCAUUGCAAGCUUUAUUAUUCUAAGAUUCCAGUUUAGACAAUUUGUUUAAAUUACUGUUUUUCUCUUUUUAACUGGGAAAAUGUGUCAGCAUGCCACAAUCUUCUUUUUAUGUCAGAGAAAACAGUCUUUUUUAGGCAGGUUAAAAAGUUUAAGAGGCUUGUAAUUUUGUUUUUAAGGCUCAAAAAGUUAACACAAACCACUAACCUCCUACAAUAAUUUGUUAAACAAAAUGUUUCAAGAACAUUUUUUCACUUUUGAUGACAUCCAAAACAAUGAAAAGAAAAAAAUAGAUUAGCAGACUUUUUUUAACCAUUUACCCCUCAGGGCUUCCGUAGUUGGGUUUUUUUGUGUGCAUAGGAUUCAAUUGUUUUACCUUGUUUGUAAUCUGUCUGCUGUACAUGUUAAAUGUUAUGGAUGCAAUAUAACUUGAUUUAUGUCUUUAACUUCACACUGGGAUUGUACCUUUUGUCCUCUUCAAUUCACUCGAGCCACUCCUUUAUUACGAGGAAGUGAACAUGACAAAUCUCUACUUUUAAAGGAGUGUUGCCUGUGAAGAUUGUUGGGUGUUUUUUUUUCUAUGCAGAGGAUGUGUUAUUAUCCACUACGCUGGUUUAUUGUGUGUACAUGAAAGAUACAAUAUGUGAGAAAAUACUUUAGUGAUUUAGGCUUUACUUCAAUACCUCUGUAUUUCAGGUGGAUACAAUUUGAACUUUUAAUGAGCUCUAUUACUGUGUAAUACUGCUGAAAUGAAUAAAACUUUACUUUGAAAGUU